CACGGGAUGCGGCGCACCACGACGCUGGUUCGCAUCCGACCCCGCCGCCGCCGCCGACGCCGACGCAUCCGACAAUGGCUGCACUUGAAACACUGUCGUCGCGCGCACGCGGAUGGCAUCGUGUGCGCCCUCGUCCAGGCAGACGUCGACCUUGUGCUCGACGGUCAGGCGCCGGACGUGCACGGCGGCACUGCCCAGGGCGCGCAGGCACCGCUCAAAGAAGACGCCGUCGAGCUCGGAGCUGUCGGACAGCUCGACCCUCAGGUCGCCCAGGUAGCGGCCCAGGACGUCUGCCCGGAGGGCGCGGCAGGUGCGCGCGAGGGCGGGUGUGUGCAGCGUCGGGGUGGCAUAGGUCGGCGCGGCCCUGACCCAGGUGUCCCGGGCGAGGAGGCGGGGGUAGUCGAGGCUGCCAAAGGAGAGGUAGGCGUAGAUGUGCUGCCUGAGCUCGUUAGGGAGCUUCUCGAUCAGAGGACACGGCCUGCUCCUGCUGCUGGAGGGUAGCGUGAUAUUGUUGGUGGUGGUGGCGGGCCCGUGGGCUGGGGACGGCCGGCUCAUGACGGCGUCCUGGGAAUGUGCGGUGAGGGAGAAGACAGAGCCAUCCUGGGCGAGGUUGUCGCGACGGCUGUCCCCGUCAUUGUUGGUGUGGCGAACAAGGAGAUCAGC